UAAAAACAAAGGUACGGUCCGGCGGUAGCGUUUAGUAGUGACCGAUAGAGAGUUGCGUACGGAGCUUGCGUGUCCGUUGUCCACCAUUUUCGCUGUCCGAUUCGUGAACGAAAGUGAAAACUAGCCGCGUGGAGUUGAGCCCAGACAGUUCAACAAGGUGAACAAAGACGAGCAGACAAACAGUAAACAGCAACAAAAAUCAACAGCACAGCACAAUGAAGCACCUGACAAUGGUUGCCCUUUUGGCGAUGGUGGUGGUGCUGGCCAGCGCCCAGAAGUACACCGACAAGUUCGACAACAUCGACGUUGACCGCGUGCUGUCGAACGACCGAAUUCUCAACAACUACCUCAAGUGUCUGCUGGAUAAGGGACCGUGCACCCAGGAGGGCCGAGAGCUGAAGAAAACGCUUCCCGAUGCGCUGAAAACGAACUGCGAGAAGUGUAGCGAGAAGCAGAAGACCAGCUCCCGCAAGGUAAUCGCCCAUCUCGAGGACCGUAAGCCACAGGAAUGGAAGAAGCUGCUCGACAAGUACGACCCGGAAGGCAUCUACAAGAGCAAGUACGAGAAGCUCAACAAGCGAUCCUAGAGAGCUAAGGGCAAAGCAUCCAGAGGACUUCGAGCGACUUGUUAGCAUGAGCACUGCGGAGUGAGGACUUGUUGUUGAAGAAUGUGAUAUAAUUGUGUGCGUAAUGGUUCACCUGCUGAAGAUGCAUUUUUGUUUGGAGGAGGAUUUUUUGUUUUCUUAUACUCAUUUUGAACAUACGCAGUGUUCCUCACGGAAGUAGAGGAUAGGAUACGUUGGCAGGUGACGUUGUAAAGAGCCAUAAUUUAUUUGAUUUUCUGUCCGAGAAUUGAUAAUAAAACAAACCAACCCCUUAGAAUAACAAA